CGUGUAUCAGCACGGCUGCGCGAAACAAACACAACACCAUAUGUGGUGAAUUUGGAUCCGGCUGUGAGCAGACUUCCAUAUGCAGUGGAUAUUGAUAUUCGGGAUACGGUGAAAUACAAGGAAGUAGUAGAUUUUAUCAAGUUGCGUUCGGAGCAACGUCCAUUUUGUCUGGUGGACACACCGGGACAGAUUGAGGCUUUCACGUGGUCCGCUUCUGGUUACAUCAUAACUGAUGCAUUGGCUUCUACCUUCCCAACAAUGAUUGCAUUUGUUGUGGAUUCUGCAUUUUCACUUGUUUUUUCGGCUAUCCUUAAAUUAUUACAUCAUUUUGGGCGCCUUACAAUAUUCUCAGAAUUACUCUGUUUUGAGUAUAUAAAAGACAUUUACAUUUUUUGGCAAACAUUUCAGGUAGUAGAUUUCAUCAAGUUGCGUUCGGAGCAACGUCCAUUCUGUCUUGUGGAUACACCGGGGCAGAUUGAGGCUUUCACGUGGUCCGCUUCUGGAUACAUCAUAACUGAUGCACUGGCUUCUACCUUCCCAACAAUGAUUGCAUUUGUUGUGGAUUCUGUGCGUGCCGCCAAUCCUACAACAUUCAUGUCCAAUAUGCUUUAUGCAUGUUCGAUUCUUUUCCGCACAAAGCUUCCAUUUAUUGUCGUCUUCAACAAGGCAGAUAUUGUAAAGCCAUCGUUUGCAACGAAAUGGAUGGAUGAUUUUGAGAGUUUCCAAGAAGCGCUGGAUCAAAAUUCAUCAUCAUUCGUGACAGAUCUGACGCGAUCACUGAGCCUUGUACUCGAUCAGUUCUAUAAAGACCUAAUUACUGUCUCAGUGUCUUCGUUGACGGGAGAAGGGAUCGAUGAUUUUUUAAAACGAGCCAAAGAUUGCAUACAACAGUAUUUCGAUGUUUAUCGUCCAAUGUAUGAUAAAGUAUUGAAAGAUAAGGCAGAAGCUUUGGCAAAAGAGGCAGCUGAAGGAUUGGAGAAGCUGAGCACGACGGAAGUCAAAGUAUGUGAGGUUGGAGGAGCGGACCUCGAAACUGCGCCAAAAAUCGAGAAAAUUCAUUUGGGAGGAGUUGAAGAAGAAAAUUUAGAAGAUUCAAUGUUACCACGUUAA